AUGCUUCUUCGUCUUUCACUUAUCAUUCUCCUCACUCUUCCUACAGCCUUGGAAGCAGCUGGUGAAAAUGCCACUGAAAUGGACGAAUUGGAGGCGUACAUGGAUGCUAUUAAAAGAGGUGAGGGGGUUCGGGGUACUACUCCGUUCUUUUUUGAUUAA